AUGGAGGUCUCCGUGCUGAGCCCCACGUCCUGGGAGAGACGCAGGGCCUGGCUCCGUCAGAGCCGGCACUGGCAGACCCAGGUCCUGGAGGAAGAGGCUGCAGCGGCCCUGCAGAAUGUCCCAGAUGCCGAACCCUCUGGCCUGGAUGACGUUUUCCAGGAAGGAAAUCCAAUCAACAAGAUUGAAGACUGGCUGCAAGAUUGCGGAUACUCUGAAGAAGGGUUUUUUGAGGAAACAGGACAGUCGAACUACAAUGGGUGCCCCAGCCAUGGAACCAGCUUUGAAGAUGACUUGAGCCUUGGAGCAGAGGCCACACUUUUGGCCGCCAGCAGCAAACUCUACUCCAGGAGCUUCCUGGAGACAUCCCGGCCCGGACAGCUACUAGAUCUUGGCUGCAGUUUGGCUUCCAGCAGCAUGACUGGUGGGACCAACAAGACUAGUUCAAGCAUCUCAGAGAUUCUGGACAAGGUGCAAGAAGAUGCAGAAGAUGUCCUUUUCAGCCUGGGCUUUGGUCAGGAGGACCACAAAGACACUUCUCGAAUCCCUGCUCGAUUUUUCACCACCCCCUCUCAAGCCAAAGGCAUUGAUUUCCAGCUCUUCCUGAAGUCCCAAGUGCGGAGGAUUGAGAUGGAGGACCCUUGCCUCAUGCUGGCCAGCAGGUUUAAGCAAGUGCAAACACUGGCCGUCACCGCAGAUGCCUUCUUCUGUCUCUACUCCUACGUAUCUAAGACACCUGUCCAAAAGUUCACACCAUCCCACAUGUUCUGGAAUUGCAACCCAGCUGACAUGCCAUCCAUCAAGAUUCUGUCCCCAGAGCCUGAACCUCACUCACCCAGAGAGCGCCUCCGGAAAGCCAUCUCCAAAAUGUGCCUGUACACGUGCCCACGAGAUAGACUAUCCCCACCCGACCACACUCCCAAAAGGAACAGUUUGGACCAGGUGGUGUGGGAGGUGAUGGACAGAGUGAGAGGAGAGAAGCUGGUCCUCCAGCAAGACUCUGGGUUUGGACCAGGCCCACGGGGUGAUCCCUUGCCCCCUACCAAGGGCACAAAACUGCCUACUUCUUACUGCCCAUGUGUCCUCUGCCUUAAAGAAGAAACACAGCAGGGGAUGUCCACAUGGCAAGAACCUUCAGAAACUCUGGGUUCUGACCUCAGGAUACCAUGUUGCUCACAUCCUCUGCCCAGAGCAGAUCUGCAGUGCAGCACAGACCCUGUGCAGGAACAGAGAGAGCUGUGGGGGCUGCAGGCCAGCAGUAAGGAGGCCCCCUCGGUCCAGGAAGGUGCCUUCUGGACAAGAAAGAGCAGAGCACGAAAGAGUCUGUUUCAGAAGAAUCCCACGGGCAAGAAGGUUAACUCACUGGAUCUGUCCCUCAUCCAGCAGAAAUGGAAACAGAGUCAAGAGGGAACAGAAAUGCACCGAUCCCUAACUGAGCAGUGGCAGGACACUUGGGACUUGGAGGUGCAAAGCAACAGUGAGGAGGAGGACAGCCACUGGCCCAGCAGACCUGGACAUCACCACCUCUACCAGACUUUUGCUGGCGAAGACUCCAGAAGCUUUCACCACCACCACAACCACAGCACAUGCUCUGACAGCAGCGACUUCACACAAGAGCCUAAUUCCCACCUCGUCUCACAGGAGGGUCUACAGCCUCCAACAUCCUGCUCCCUGGCCCUGCAAACUGCUGACCUCAAUAAGAGAAAAGCAAGAUGGUACACCAGACAGAAGACCAGAGUGAGAGACUUGGAAUCUGCAUCCUGA